UGACAGUGUAGAAAUUCCAGUGUCUCGUCAACUGCUUUGUAAUGUCUCUGAGGCAUUUGCUAGAAUGUUGAAUGGAUACUUUGUCGAGUCCUCCCAAUCACGAAUUACGCUUGAAGAAGUAACCGCAGAAUGUCUUAUCACUUUCUCAGAUUUCAUAUUGAAAGCAGUUUCAUGCAAUCAUGUUUGUGAUGUCGCGGCAGACACAAUGGCUUUGGACGACAUUCUUGGUUUAUGGAGUUUCUCCGAUAAGUAUAUAAUGGACUAUCCAAAGCAAUGGUGCGAGAGAUGGAUGCUUGAACAUAUUAGAGGCAAUCAUGUGAGGUUUAAUGAAAUGAGAAUUCUUGGAGACAUUUUAAAGAUAUACAGAUUCUUUACGGAAAAUUUCCUUAGUGGAGAUCCAAUUAAUGAAGAGAAGGAUGAUGGAAUGGACACUUAUCGUAUUAUAGUAAAAGAAUGCAUAAAACGCCUGAUAUUACAAUUCGGGAAAGUAGUAAUGACAAAUGAAUACGAAGAAUGGAUUAGAGAGAGUAAAAUAAUAGAUGGAUACUAUGAGGUAGAGAUUGAUAUUGAUAUGGAUAGACAUGAAAAUAAUAACGAUGAACACGAUUUAUGUAAUGAUGGACCCCUAGUUUUCUUUGAUCAAGUAGAACAACUGUUGCUACACAUAUUUAGGACUGUAGUGACAACCAACGACUUACUUUCGAUUAAAUAG